AUGAGCUCACUCACAGGCAAAGUCGCCAUCGUCACAGGCGCCUCGCGCGGAAUCGGAGCAGCCAUUGCACUCAGUCUUGCCAAAGUCGGGGCCAAGGUCGCCAUCACCUACGUAUCGGAUUCUAGCUCCCCAGCAGCUGAUGCCCUCGUUGCCCAGAUCAAUGCCCUGGACAACGACUCCAGUGCGACCAAGAUCCAAGUCAAUCUUGCGGACGCCUCGGCCCCACAAAUCAUCGUCGACGCCACACUGGCCGCCUUUGGCCCCACCAUCGACAUCCUCGUGAACAACGCCGGAACGGGGAUUCGCAAGCCUUUCCUCGAGACCACCCAUGCGGAUUUCGACCACGGCAUCAACGUCAACCUGCGCGCCGCAUUUUUCCUUUCCCAGGCCGUGGUCCCGCACUUGCGUCGCCCCGGCCGCAUCAUCAACAUCAGCUCGAUCGUGGCACGUACGGGUGGGCCCUUGUAUGCCGUGUACGCUGCGUCCAAGGCGGGAGUCGAAGGCUUCACGCGGGCGUUGGCAGCGGCGCUCGGGCCCUACGGGCACAGUGUGAAUGCAGUACUGCCUGGCUUGACGGCUACCGAUAUGCUGCAGGCAAUCACGGCGGAUCCUGAGUCAGCGGCUUAUCAUCGCGGCGUGGCAGCCGUGACGCCAAUGGAAGGUCGUAUAGCGACGCCUGAGGAGAUUGCGGGUGUUGUGGCGUUUCUGGCAUCUGAGCAGAGUCAGUGGGUUACAGGGCAGUCGAUUAGUGCAACGGGGGGGCUGUUGAUGGUUUAG